CUGUGACGUGUCUCGCUGCGUAUUUGAUGCUUCUGGCUGGCGACUUUGGUGUCUCGUUUAGCGGAGAAGAGGUCAAAGUAGAAUAUUCAGUGUUAUCGGUUCUAAAUAUGGUUAGUUUCGGGCGGAUUCGGUACUGGAGUAUGAUGGAGAACCGCUGGAUUCGUGAUGGGGAUCGACUCCGUUGCACUUUACGGUGGAGGGGGAAGGAUGACGAGAGUCUGUUUGGACGCAUUCAAGCAUGGGGGAACUCAAGAAUAGUCGUGAGUGUUUAGGCUUUCAGAGAAACUUGCUUCCUACAAACUGGAGGAUCUUGCAGGUUGAGAAAAAUUUCCUACCAGGUUUGGGAGUUGCUGUGAGAGAGCACGCUUGAGAUUCUGAGUGCUCUCACUGUAGUUGGUUGUAGAGGACAGGACCACGACCUGAAGAAUUCUAAGCAUUCAUUGGCAUUAGACAAUUCUUGGAGAACAUAAGUUGAAAGUCUUCAUCUAGUUGGUGUUUCGUUAUGAAGCGAUCGAAAUACCUGGCGUUGGUGUCACUUCUUCUCCUAGUUUUCCUACCUCCAGGAGGUGCAGCUAGCCCACACGGCGAUGUAACGGAGGGGCGAGUUGCGACUUUCGGUGGGCGUCGAGGUCUUCUACAAGCUGGUCCUGGUUCACCACCUUCAACGACGCCCUCCACUCCAGGAACGACGCCUCCAACUCCAGGAACGACGCCUCCAACUCCAGGAACGACGCCUCCAACUCCAGCAACGACGCCUCCAACUCCAGCAACGAAGCCUCCAACUCCAGGAGCGACGCCCCCGACUCCAAUUACGACGCCUCCAACUCCAGGUGUUCUUCCCAGUCCUCCACCAAUUGCUCCAGCUCCUGCCCCAAUUGGAGUUACAUCCAGGCAAAAGCUUAAUGCCAUCAUCGCAGGAUCCGUUGUAGCCGGGGUGGUAGGAAUCGCACUAGUUGCCAUCUUCUGCCGCUGCUCAUGCUUGCGAAGACAAAAAAAGCUCCCAUUCCAAAGAUUGCAGAUGACUUGAUUGCAUCACCAGAACCUGCAACGUCCAGUUGUGACGCAAAUCAACAAACUACGGUGGCGGUUAGUACCUGCAGGCGCGGGGCAAUUCUUUAUUGCAUUAAGUCUCUUGCACUUUAGGUCGCUAGAAAAACGGCACACAGCCUCAGAAAACCCUUUGGGCCCUUGUCAGAAACCGAUAAUGCGUCUUCCAUAGCCUCGUCUCAUCGAGGUCCUCAUGACUCAGACUCCACUGUGACUCCAACUAGCGUUCUAAAACCUGCAAUUAAAUGGAGCUUGUGACUGCAAUGGGCAACCUUCAGCAAUUGUUAUCAGUGCGAUGCAUUGUGAGCACGAUGCAUCGUUGGAAUUGACACACUCCAGCAGCAAGCGAUGCAACCAGGCUCUCAUCAUGUCUCGGCAAGCGCACGUUUGCAUGAGGUGGAUUGCACUGUUGAAAUUAGGGCUAAGGUUUCCUUCUAAGAGUUAAAAGGUGGUUCAGUCUUUUACUUUAAACUAGGAAUAAAAAUUGUUGAGGAAUGUAGCGACCUUCAUGGGGCGAGAGUUGAGUUUGCCGAAUGAAGUUCAAGCGAAGUGAUUUGUGUUUUUGCAAACUCAAUGAUCCAAUCUAUAGAUUUGACUAUGGAUGUAUAAUGAAAAAUUUAUGAUAAAUGUUGAAUGUAUAAAGUAGAAAAUAAUUUAUUUUGCUCUUAA